GUUGCUGAAGAAAAAAUUUGCAAGUGAAGUCGGACGUUUUAGUUUUAGAAAAGUUUUUCAAAGUUAAAAUGUCAAGGCAACCUAAUUUACUACCCGAAGGAUUUCCCGAUCCAGACGCCGUCUUUGCAUCUUGGUAUCCGAUUAUCAUCGCUAUUGUAUGUGGUGUCGUUUAUGCCAUAAGACAAUAUUUACGAGGACCAAAAUGUCAGGGUACGGCUGAUUUGAAAGGUAAAACAGCCAUUGUUACUGGUGCUAACUGUGGAAUAGGCAGACCUAUAGCAUUGGAUCUGGCUUGUAAAGGAGCUCGAGUUAUAAUAGCUUGUAGAAAUUUAACAGCAGGAGAAGAGGCUUUGGCCAGCAUUAAAAAGGAAAGUAGAAACGAGAAUAUUGUGUUAAUGAAGUUAAAUUUAGCAUCUUUUGUGUCCAUCAGAGAAUUUGUGAAAGAGUUCAAAGAAAAGGAAUCACGACUAGAUCUGCUGGUCAACAACGCUGGUGUUAUGAUGAUGCCAUUUAUGGAAACUGAAGAAAAUUUUGAAAUGCAAUUUGGAGUGAAUUAUCUAGGAACUUUCCUGUUGACAGAGUUAUUAUUAGAUGUGUUGGUGAAGACAGAGGGCGCUAGAAUAAUUAAUACGACAGCUGCUGCGUAUAAUCUGGGAGAAGUAAAUUAUGACGAUAUCAACCUAGUUAAAGAUUAUUCCCCGGGGAAAGCAUAUGCACAGAGUAAAUUUGCUCUUACGUUAUAUUCUGUGCACCUAGCAGAAAGACUGAAAGAUUCGGAUGUUAAUGUUUAUGUUGUGAAUCCUGGGAUUGUUAAUUCUAACGCUCAUCGUCACAUGCCGUUCCGAACAAACUCUUUCCUCUCAUUUGCAUUUUAUCUACCGAUGUAUUUUUUGAUGAAACUACCGGAGGAUGGAGCUCAAACCGCUAUAUUUUGUACGUCUGCUGAAUCGGUUGCCAAGGAUACAGGAAAAUUGUAUAAAGAUUUAGCCGAAUGUAAAUUAGAAGAUUCUGUGUGUAAUCUGGAAGCUGGAGAGAAGCUAUAUAAACAAUCUCUCAUCUGGACGAACAUGAAACAACAGAAGAAGAUCAUCCUUGAAACAGAAUUAUAAACAUUUUACACAGUUGAUAAUACACUUUCAAUAUUUUAUGUAAUAACAAACCCUAAAUGUCCAUUUCUUGGUGAAACUUUAUUGGUCAACAUUUUUAUUCUAUUAAAUCAAAUUCCAUUGCCAAAUUGUAAUGUUUACGCUAUAAAAAAUGUCUUCAGUCAUUAUUUCAUCAUCAAAAUUAUCGAAUUCAAGAUUUUUGAAUUUGAGCAACAAUUCUUUAAUAUGUAAAUGAUGAAAUUUUUGGCUGUUAUAGACUAAGUUUUUGUAAAAUAUUUUUGUUACUUUGUUGAUAAGACAGAGGUGAUGAUAAUGCUAGGUUCCCACUAUCACGCUUCGUGCUGUGAUUGAAAUCGUGGUUUUAAUUCUCGAGUAACUGUGUUGAUUCUCUCAUGUCUUAUCAUAUAUCAGUUGUAGCAAUCGUGUUGAUCAUAUCUACAAAUAGCAGAUCGUGGACUAGCGGAAACCUAGCGUAACUCAAAGGUGAUAUUUGUCUCAAUAUAACUUACAUAAACUAUAAAUUAUGGUGGUUUUUAUUUAGUUUUAUAACCAUAUUGCCUCUGUUGUGUUCAGAGAUUAUAUUGUAAAUACUGAAGUAAAUAUAGAUAUUGUUGAAUAUUGUAGAUUCCAUUACUCUAUAGAUAUUGUAGAAUAUUAUAGAGUUGUUCUCGAUGUACGUUUAGUCUUCCAGAAUAGUUAUAUAUAGACUGUCACAUGAUACCAUAUAAAAAGGAUGCUUAAUUCAGCCUUUAUUAUUAAAAACAAAAAUUUAUAUAGAAAAGGAAAUUGUUUCUCUUCUGCUGCUAUGCGUGUAUACAUGUAUAAUCUUUAAGUGGCAUUUAUUUUCUGUUAUGGGUAUAUACUUUUAAUUAUUAGUAUGAUAGUCACACAUUUAGUCAUUUAUUUCAAGCAAUUUAGUCACUGAUAUCAAAAUUAUUUAAAAUACCACUAGAAGGUCAACUAGACCUCAAAUUUAAAUUUGAUGUCCCAGGAGGAAUUAGAACUUUAACUGGUAUAGUCUACUUUUUGCUAUGGCUUGGAAAAUCAAAGGUGAACAAGACCACAAAUUGGAUUUUGUUGUCCCAGAGGAAUUAGAAUUUCAACUGGUUUCGUUAACUGGUACAGCCUACUUUUUGCUAUGGCUUGAAAAAUCAAAUAUUUAUUUGAUUUAGAUGAAACAUAAAAUCUCUUAGAUUAUUUUACUGCCCAAAUAUUGUUUGAAUUAGAAUAAAUAGAUUUGAAUUAGAAUUAAUGCUGUUACUUUAUUGAGAUUUUUUUUAUACAAAUAUAUUUUUCUUUUGAUAUUUUCUGCUUUUGCAUUUGUAAAUAUUGUUUCUUUCUUUUUUUUUGAUACUGCAUUUAUGCUAAUCAUUCCAUGGUCUUGGGGCAUUCUUGAAUAAACCUACUUAAUGUACACUAUGCUUUAUAGAUUUUGAACGUGUAAAAAAACAUACAAUUAGCCUUAAUUUUAAAACUAAACUACCCAUGCAGGCCCUUCCGAACGAAAUUUGUAUGGGGUUGGGAGGGGAGCUGCAGGGAAAAAAUUUCUAAAGGCUUUUCCUAGGGAUAAUUAUUAACUAAGGAAGCCAUAUUUGCAAAUUAAUCUGGUGGUGCUUCCCAGAUUAUGACAGGCCUGUCGUGUAAUUAUUGGGGUGGUGCUCCCCCGAUUCUGACAGGCCUACCAUGUAAUUACAAAUCCCUGCAUUCUUUCUUUUCAUACUUAAUUUUAAAACUAAACUACCCAUGCAGGCCCUUCCAAACGAAAUUUGUAUGGGGUUGGGAGGGGAGCUGCAGGGAAAAAAUUUCUAAAGGCUUUUCCUAGGGAUAAUUAUUAACUAAGGAAGCCAUAUUUGAAAAUUAAUCUGGUGGUGCUUCCCAGAUUAUGACAGGCCUGUCGUGUAAUUAUUGGGGUGGUGCUCCCCCGAUUCUGACAGGCCUACCAUGUAAUUACAAAUCCCUGCAUUCUUUCUUUUCAUACUUAAAUUUAAGAUAAAUACGUGUAUUAUUGUUUUGUAAAAUCCUGAAUUUUAAAUUGAUACACUCCAUAUACAUGUCACCUGAAAAUUGAACAGGUAUAUUGUAGAAUUUCUGUCUCAAAAAGAUUCAGAAAUAAAUAUAGCAAUAAUAUCUGUAACUCCAAAUCAUAUUCCGGGGUAUAAGUUUGAUAUGGCGAUGACAUGAUAACACUGAUAUUUCUAAAUAGACUAGAUGGAGUCUAUAGAUCGAGUGAACAUUUAAGAAAAAGAUGACAACAUACUGAUCCUUUCCAGGGGGUUGGAUGGCUGAAUGGUUAGCGUGCGCGCGCUGUAUCAUAAAGUCUGUCAUUGAGUCGACUGGCGUGGUUUCGAAUCCCCGGUUUUACGUGACAAGGAGAAGGGUCGCCUGUCCAACCUCGUGGGUUUUCUCCGGGUCCUCCGGUUUCCUCCCACUGCUAAAGACCCCUACACGCAAGCGAAUUAUGUAAAUAAAAUUAAACCGUAUGUUAAUCCCGAAAUGACCUAGUUUGUGUCGAGUGGACGUUAAACCCCAUUUCUCUCUCUCUCUAUUGGUAAUUUAUAUGACAGCCACCUAAUGAAUCACUCCAUUCCCUGUCCAGUUUAUGGCCUUAUUUAUUAUUAUUAUUAUAUGUGUAUUGUAAUGUAUAUGUUUGUUGGUUGUGGGUAAUAUACAGAAAAAAACUCUGAUUGUUGAAUUUAUCAGUAUGUAAUUUAAAGCAGUUAUCCCAGAUAAAUUUACUAUAUUUGAUUUACUAAAUCAUCCGGCCAGAUGUGAAAGCUAUGAUGAUGGUAAGAGAGUGUCUCAAUUCAACAGUAGAAUUAGGAAGAGGAGUGUUACAUAAGCUAAGCCUGUUCCUCAAUCUCAUUCAGAUAUCUGAAUAUAAAAUAUUCUAAAAAAAAAACAAACAGUAGAAAUAAGUGAAGUUAUCCAAUUAAGCCUAUCUAGCUAAGGCUUGCAAAUGACCUAGUAUUUUAUGAUAGACAGGCUAUUUGGGUUUUUCACAUACAUUUUGUCUUGAAUUUGCACACGUAAAGGGUUCCCUGUGAAAUCUGGGACUGCAUCUUUAAAACUUGGGACCCUGCCUUUAAAACCUGGGACACUGCCUUUAUAAAACAUAAUAUUAUUGAUUGCAAGAUUUUAUGAAUGAAUGAUUUAUCAAUACUAUAACUAUAUAUCUUGAGUUGUGAUACAAGAACUGAGGUUAUUGUAGAAUCUAAAAAUAUUUGUAGAAUUGUUUUUAUUUCAUGUAGAUAGAUCGUAAUAAUGACUACGCAAUUUAAAUUAGAAUAUUUAUAGUAGCUAAGAAAAAUGGAAGGUUGUGUUGAUUAUUUUUAUUUUCAAAUGUAUUAUAUAUACAUGAUGUAUCUUAGAAUGAAUUAUGAAAAAUCUGAAUAAUUUGUGUGAGAUUAAGAGUUUGAUUGGCCUCUUUUAUCAGAAUCAUAUAAUUAUCUCAGAUUAAUAAUAAUAAAAACUUAGAUAAUUCACUCCUUUUAUUAGAAUUAUAUAAUUUACUUCAGAUUAUUAUAGUAAAUUAUGAGUAAUUUGAAUAAUUUGUGUGACAAUAGAAUGUAGACUGCCUACUUUUAUCAAACUCAUGAUUUACUUGAGAUUACUAUCGUAGUCCUUUUAUCAAAAUCGUAUGAUUUAGUUGAGAUUAAUAUCAUAGUACUUUUAGUUUUAUAAAAAAAAAUUCAGAUAAUUUCAUUGAUCAUCUGUUUGAUGAAAAUGUUCAUUUAAUUGAAUUGUCUUUUUGAUAAAAUAAUUUUAUUUGA